AUGCUCAAUCAGCCCCCUGUGGUAGCAGAUGCCAACCGGCUGAGCCUAAUGCCUGGAUCAGGAAGCGACCGGGAUGGACCAAUUAAUGCACAGAAGAACUUCCCCACCAGUUUCGAAGACUUCGGGCUCCCUCCUAAUCAAAUGUGGGACCACAACGCGACAUAUGACCGCAGGUUCUGUUUCGGCCAUGGUGAAACCGAGGACCUUCUCGGGACUGCCAAUAGAUGGAUGUCACCCGGUGACUUCGAUAUCGCAGAUGCUGCGGCACUGUUGGAGAUCGGACUGCGAAGGCACAAGGAUGACUCUCUGGAUUUCAAACCGCAUUUGCGAAAAUGCCAAGCUGAAUGCUUCGGCAGUCUCUGGUCCCACAUAUACAAUGUCCUCGAUCGGUGCGAACACGAAGGUCCUAGCUUAUAUCUGGUCCAGUGGAAAGUUUGCUGGACUCCUGAGAGCAAUAUUGAUGACAAGGCGUGGGUUGUAGCGUCGCUGAAGGCCAAUCAGAACCAACACAAUCGACGCAGCAUGCGUCUGGAGGACAGCUUUGAAGCUAGAAAGAAGGGGUUUGACAAGAUGAUGUCGGUUGUGAACCUGGAGUAA